AUGCAGCUGGGAACGCUGAGCUCUCACACUUUGACAGCAGAGAUGCAGCAGAACCGACGGGCUAUAAACCAAAAGGCUGUGGAGCUGGGCUGUUGUAGUCUGCUGCCUGGAGAGCAGGCAGCAGGAGAGCAGGCAGCAGGAGAGCAGGCAGCAGGAGAGCAGGCAGCAGGAGAGCAGGCAGCAGGAGAGCAGGCAGCAGGAGAACAGGCAGCAGGAGAGCAGGCAUCAGGAGAGCAGGCAGCAGGAGAGCAGGCAGCAGGAGAGCAGGCAGCAGGAGAACAGGCAUCAGGAGAGCAGGCAGCAGGAGAGCAGGCAGCAGGAGAGCAGGCAGCAGGAGAGCAGGCAGCAGGAGAGCAGGCAGCAGGAGAGCAGGCAGCAGGAGAGCAGGCAGCAGGAGAACAGGCAGCAGGAGAGCAGGCAGCAGGAGAACAGGCAUCAGGAGAGCAGGCAGCAGGAGAGCAGGCAGCAGGAGAACAGGCAGCAGGAGAGCAGGCAGCAGGAGAACAGGCAGCAGGAGAGCAGGCAGCAGGAGAGCAGGCAGCAGGAGAGCAGGCAGCAGGAGAGCAGGCAGCAGGAGAACAGGCAGCAGGAGAGCAGGCAGCAGGAGAACAGGCAGCAGGAGAACAGGCAGCAGGAGAGCAGGCAGCAGGAGAGCAGGCAGCAGGAGAGCAGGCAGCAGGAGAGCAGGCAGCAGGAGAGCAGGCAGCAGGAGACAGGCAGCAGGAGAGCAGGCAGCAGGAGAACAGGCAGCAGGAGAGCAGGCAGCAGGAGAACAGGCAGCAGGAGAACAGGCAGCAGGAGAGCAGGCAGCAGGAGAGCAGGCAGCAGGAGAGCAGGCAGCAGGAGAGCAGGCAGCAGGAGAACAGGCAGCAGGAGAGCAGGCAGCAGGAGAACAGGCAGCAGGAGAGCAGGCAGCAGGAGAGCAGGCAGCAGGAGAACAGGCAGCAGGAGAGCAGGCAGCAGGAGAACAGGCAUCAGGAGAGCAGGCAGCAGGAGAGCAGGCAGCAGGAGAGCAGGCAGCAGGAGAGCAGGCAGCAGGAGAGCAGGCAGCAGGAGAACAGGCAGCAGGAGAACAGGCAGCAGGAGAGCAGGCAGCAGGAGAGCAGGCAGCAGGAGAGCAGGCAGCAGGAGAGCAGGCAGCAGGAGAACAGGCAGCAGGAGAGCAGGCAGCAGGAGAACAGGCAGCAGGAGAACAGGCAGCAGGAGAGCAGGCAGCAGGAGAGCAGGCAUCAGGAGAGCAGGCAGCAGGAGAGCAGGCAGCAGGAGAACAGGCAGCAGGAGAGCAGGCAGCAGGAGAGCAGGCAGCAGGAGAACAGGCAGCAGGAGAACAGGCAGCAGGAGAGCAGGCAGCAGGAGAGCAGGCAGCAGGAGAGCAGGCAGCAGGAGAGCAGGCAGCAGGAGAACAGGCAGCAGGAGAACAGGCAUCAGGAGAGCAGGCAGCAGGAGAGCAGGCAGCAGGAGAGCAGGCAGCAGGAGAGCAGGCAGCAGGAGAGCAGGCAGCAGGAGAGCAGGCAGCAGGAGAGCAGGCAGCAGGAGAGCAGGCAGCAGGAGAGCAGGCAGCAGGAGAACAGACUGCGGUCCAGGUAUGAGCAGCGUCCUGUGGACCUGUGUGAAUGCAGCAGCAGGAGCUCGCUGUUGCAUGGGCCCCCCCAGGGCUGUAAUCGCUCUCCAAAGCGCUGCUCUGUGCGUCGAUUGUGUUCGAAAUGCGCGAGAAGUGAGGAGGAGUGUGGCUGUGGACGCAAGGGAAAGAUCAGUGAGAAAACAGAGCAGACUCACUGCAGCAGCACAGAGAGAUCUCAGGAUCCAUCAGACAGCAGGGAGGAGCAGAGAGGAGCAGAGAGGUGCAGAGAGGUGCAGAGAGGGGCAGAGAGGAAGAGAGAGGAGCAGAGAGGAAGAGAGAGGAGCAGAGAAAGGCAGAGAGGAGGAGAGAGGAGCAGAGAGGAGGAGAGAGGAGCAGAGAGGAAGAGAGAGGAGCAGAGAAAGGCAGAGAGGAGGAGAGAGGAGCAGAGAGGAGGAGAGAGGAGCAGUGAGGAAGAGAGAGGAGCAGAGAAAGGCAGAGAGGAGGAGAGAGGAGCAGAGAGGAAGAGACAGGAGCAGAGAAAGGCAGAGAGGUGCAGAGAGGAGCAGAGAGGAAGACAGAGGAGCAGAGAGGAGCAGAGAAAGGCAGAGAGGAGGCGAGAGGAGCAGAGAGGAAGACAGAGGAGCAGAGAGGAGCAGAGAAAGGCAGAGAGGAGGAGAGAGGAGCAGAGAGGAAGACAGAGGAGCAGAGAGGAAGACAGAGGAGCAGUGAAAGGCAGAGAGGAGCAGAGAUGA